AUGUCUAAUAAUCCAAUUAACCUUGAUUUAUUAAAUAAAAUUAACACAUGGUAUUGUAAUGUUAUUGUUAAUAAAAAUAAUUUAGAAGAAAAAGAAUUAAUUGAAGCAACCCUGUUUGAGAUGUACUCAACAAUCUGUCAAUACAUUGAAACUAACAAAAAUGACCCAAAAGUAUUGUCUCUUCUUGAAUCUCUUCAUAAUAUAAUUUUAAAAGAAUAUUUUGUUCAUUACAGUUUCAUGAUUAGUUAUUAUGCACCAUGUGAAUUAAAUAAAAUUAACAAAGAACCUAAUCAAGCAAUUAAAAACUAUUCAAAGUAUUUAAUAUUUAUUGAGAAAGUAAUGUGUCUUUCACCUAAAGUAAAUUCAGCAUUUUAUUAUCUUCAAUCAGAUAUUAAACAAACUAUUCCUUCAAUUGUUAAUGCUCUUACACUUCCUUAUCCUGAAUUAUUCAAUAACACUAUUAAUCUACUUCUUCAUUUUGAUCCAGAAGAUAUUCCUCUCCCUAAGACUAUCAUUCCAUUAUCAAUAUAUUUAAAAUCAAUAUUUAAAAACAAUGAAGUUAAAAUAAUCUAUUCAUUCAUUCAACAUUUACUUGGAUCUUCUCUUCAUAAACAUCCUUUACUUGAUGCUUUAUUUGGAUUAGACAGAAAAGAAUUAAUAACAUCACGCUUAGAUGAAUUUCCAAUUCAAUUCUUCAUUGCUGAUAUUAAUAUUAUUGAGUUAAAUCCAUUAUUACUCAAUCUUUUACAAUCACCAUACCAACACCAUUUCAUUCAAAUAUUACAAUUAAUUCAUUCCCCAUUAUUCUCUACAAAUCCAGAUCAUCUUCUUCAGUUUAUUUCAACUCCUUUUUAUUUCUUUGUUCUAUCUUAUUUUAUUCAACUUAAAGAUGCUCCUUUCCCUUCAGCAAUUAUUGAAUGUUAUAAAAGCCAACAUGAAAAUCUUAUUCCAGUAUUAUUAGAAGAAGCAAUUAAACAAAGUGGAAUUUUAGCUGUUAAAUCUAUAUUAAAAGUAUGUGCAUUAUCAAAUGUAGUGUCUGACAAAACAAGACAUCUUUGUAUUUGUAAAAUAGCAUUAUUUAUGAAUAAGAAUAAACCAUUUGCUGAUGAAAUUCGUAGAUACGGUGAAUUCUUUGGAAUGAUAGAAGAAAACAUGAAGAAAGAACAUGACACUUCAAGUGAAAGUUUCUUUAUGUCUCUAGCAGCAUUGAGUGGGUAUGACAUUUUAUUAAUUUCACAACAUUCAAGAUUUAAAGAAUUUAUUAUUGAAGCUCUUCAAAAACCAACUAAAGGAAGAAUUACCUUUUUAAUGAUGCUUAAUAAAACUUUUGAAGGAAGAAAAUUAUUGAAAGAACGAACGAAUGAAAUAAAUAAUAUAAGAGUAUUAGUUCAAAAAUCUCUCAUUAAAAAUGAAGAAGGAAAAGGAUUACAAUUAUUUCUUCAAUCUUAUGACAAUUUAACAAAUGUUAACCAAUUGUAA